UAGUCUCAUGUUCUUGGUGUGGAGAAUGGUUUAUCCACUUUGCUCUUUGUGGAGUCUUAAUUUCCAAAAUGUCACAUGUUAUAUGUCCUUUUACUUAUCCCCUUUAACCUUAGUAAGCAUCUACCUCCAUCUAUCCUCCUUUUCCUUCUCUCCACCCCUCACUUCAGUCACCUCCUCCUCUGCAGUUUGGUGCUCUUCUUGAGGGAAAGCUUUGUUGGACGAUAGCUCUUUAUCCUUCACUCCUCUCUUUAUACCUUCUCUUUCUGGAUCAUUUCUUCAGUUUUCCUUCUCAUCCCCACGAUGUGGUGGUGGCUGCUAGGCAUAUCGAGCUGUUUGCUGCUCGUGGCGGUGAUCAUCUUCUUCCUGACCACCGCGCAACGCUACAAGGUGUUCAGUGAGACAUGCCUGAGGCCACCAGGACCCUUGGUCACAGACAGGAAGCAGAGGGACGACAGGCUGAAGAAAGGUUUCCGUGUGGACCGCGUUCCCCCUGCUCUGGAUGCGGUGGUGAUUGGCAGCGGUGUGGGAGGUUUGACUGCAGCAGCACUUUUGUCAAAAGCUGGAAAGAAGGUUGUAGUUCUGGAGCAACAUGACCAGGCUGGAGGCUGCACACACACCUUUGAGAACAAGGGAUUUGAGUUUGAUGUGGGUAUCCAUUACCUGGGCCAGCUCCAUGAAAACAGCCUUUUGAAGGUCGCUCUAGAUCAGAUCACAGAUGGAAAGAUGCAGUUCACACGGUUGGAGCAACACUUUGAUACGGUUAUCCUGGGUCAGUCCGACCAGCGCAGGGAGUACCAUAUCCAUGCAGGGAAGACUGAGAUGGCAGCUAGUCUGAAGAAGCAGUUCCCAGGAGAAGAGGAAGCCAUUGACGAGUUCAUGAGAUUGAUGAAGCUAGCCUCAAAGCGGACGCCACUUAUUGCAACCAUGAAGAUCAUACCAUAUUGGCUGGUUAACUUCCUGAUUUGGACUGGCCUAUUAGAUCAUAUAUCUUCAGUCUUCUGCCUUGCAGCAACUAGCCAUUCAAAAGUGAUGUCCCGCAUCACACAGAACAAGGACCUGCAGGCGCUGUCUGCUUACCUGUUCUAUGGUGUCCCUCCUAAAGAGUCCAGCUUCCUCAUCAAUGCUCUCCUUCUUCACCACUACAAGCGUGGUGCAUACUACCCACGAGGGGGUGCCAGUGAGUUUGCCUUUCACAUCAUCCCUGUCAUUCAGCAGGGAGGUGGUGCUGUGCUGGUCAGGGCUCCUGUACAACGCAUCCUGCUCAACCAGCAAGGGAAGGCAUAUGGUGUGACGGUGCUUAAGGGACAAGAAGAGAUUGAGGUCCAUGCCCCAGUUGUCAUUUCGAAUGCCGGAAUCUUCAACACCUUCCAGAAGUUUCUGCCUCAGCAGAUACAAGAAAAACCAGAGAUCCAGUCACUGUUGGGUAUGGUACGUCAUGGUAUGGGUUCUUUCUUGGUCUUUGUUGGUCUUGAUGGAACUAAAGAGGAGCUGGACAUUGUUUCAAGCAACUUCUGGAUGUAUAAAGACAAUGACUUGGACACGCUUAUGGAGCAAUACUCUUCUCUGAGCCGAGAGCAGGUACUGGGCAACAUUCCUAUGAUGUUCAUCACCUUUCCAUCCGCUAAAGAUCCUACAUCUAACACAAGACAUCCAGGGAAGUCCUGUAUGACGUUGCUAACCAUGGCCCGCUAUGAAUGGUUCGAAGAAUGGGAGGGGACAAAGCUUGGCAAAAGGGGACAGGAUUACCUGGAUCUGAAAAACAGCAUGGCCCAAGAGCUGCUGGACUGGGCGCUAACAAUCUUUCCUCAGUUGCGAGAUAAGGUGGUGAUGGUGGAUGCUGCCACUCCUCUAACUAACAGCCACUAUUUGGGUGCACCGAGAGGUGAGAUGUAUGGCGCUGAACACAACUUGGAGCGCUUCACCCCUGAAACGGUUGCCAGGACACGGCCGCAGACACCCAUCAAUGGACUCUAUCUAACAGGUCAGGACGUUUUCUGCAACGGCAUGGCAGGAGCGCUGCACGGUGGACUGCUCUGCGCCUCUGCCGUGCUCAAUCAGCUCCUCUACAUUGACCUCCUAGUUCUGAAGACCCGCCUCAAAAACAAAAAGACCAAUCAUAAGCUGUCCUGGUAGUGCAGACAAUGUUUAAUUACUCAAAUUCCACACACUUUACACCUGAUCAAACUGGAGUGUCACACAGUUUCUGUUGUAAAAUUUAAGAAAAAUUCUGUGUUCUUUGUUGGAACGUUGUUACCUCAUGCUGGUACCACUGUAUCCUGUUAACACUGUACACACACUGUAGCUAUGUCCUACACAAGAUAUAAAACAAACAAACCUUCCAAACUGAAGCCAGCAGGUAAAACGUUUCAAGCUAGUUCAAGUAGCUUCAGAGCAAUAAGCUUUCAUCCACAAAAAUUAACACAGGUUAAAGUGUUGCUUCAUUCAUCAUUACAUUUUGAAAAAUAAAGGUGUUUUAUAUUUCCAGAGAGUGAGAAAGCAUGUAGGAGUGGAGACAGAGAAAGAAAGAAAGUAAGAAAGUAAGUGCAGCUGAUUCAAGAUUUAAAGAAACAGAUGACGAUGGAAAAGAGUGAAAGUGGUUCAGCCCAGAGACAGGUGAAGAUGAACAGAUUCUGAGAAAGCCACAAAAGUUGACAAGGUCUAUAGAUUAAUUUAUAACAGUGUAAACCAAAUAAAUUCAGAACAGACUGGAAUCUGUUAUAAUUAAAAUGCAGAAAAACUACAUAAUCAUAUUUAAAUGUAGCCCCUGUUAGAUUAGUCUACUUCAGAGGUCUUCAACCAGCGACUGCAGGGUUUCCACCAAUUUUUUUUCAAAAUAAUUGACAAUUUUCACCAAAAUAAAUUGUGAGAAUUAAUAAAUAUAACAAAAAUGACAAAGUAAUGUGACCAGACACUAGGGGGGAAAAAAGGUGUUGGCAAAAACACAGUAUUUUUUUUUUGCGAAAUUAACCUGAAUCAAAACUUUACGAACGUAAUGCUAGUUACUAGUAUGAUAUGAGUGAAACAGAAUGGAUAAAUUUGUCACAGUUGAUAAAGUGAAAUAAAAGGUGAAUAAAGUUAAUAUAAAAGUUAUUUUAGACCAGGCUUAAAAUGUGACACAUUUUUAAAUAAUUUGUUACAUGUUGCCGGGUCUCUGUUCUGUUGUCUUUGUGCUGUAAAAGGUUGAAGACCCCUGGUGUACUUAACCCUUCUUUAAAUUCCCGACUGUGUAUGCUGUCUACAAAUUAUAAGAUGGUGAGAACAGGUCAUAUUUUUAAAGCAUAAUGUGAAUUAAUAUAACUGUUAAUGCAUGUCAUCAAUAACAGGAACUACACAUGAUGGCACAAUUUUUGUGUUUGAAUAUAAAUAAAAGUCAUAAGAAUCAUA